GUUCACAGGCUCAGGUCACAGGAGCUGGACUUCAUGUUGUGUUGCUCGGCUGUUGCCGGGUGACCUCAGUAACAAAAUGACCGAGUUGCACCAGGCUGCCGCAGCCGGAGACUUACAGGGAGUCCAGGAUAUUCUGAGGCAGAAGAAGUGCAACCCCAACCAGAGGGACAUCGACUGGAGCCACAAGACCCCUCUGCACUGGGCAGCAGCCAAAGGAGACACAGAAACCGUCAGGAUCCUCAUUGAGCACGGAGCGAGGCCCAGUCUGAGGACGGAGCAUGGAUGGACUCCUGCUCACUUUGCUGCAGAGUCCGGCCGACUGGCUGCACUGCGGCUGCUGCACUACUACCACGCUCCUAUAGACAAGGAGGACUGCUGUGGAGACAAACCAGUGCGGAUGGCCCAAAUAUAUGGACACCAGGACUGCGUUCGAUUCCUUAAAAAGGCCGAGAUCGAGUGCCAGGCCUACCGCAAGAUGGCGGCCGAGAAAGGGAUUUCACUGGACGACACAGAUGAGGAGUGGGCAGAUCACGGCAAAGAAAAUGAAGCGAGAGGAUCUGAAACAGCAACGUUCAGAUGAUGGCCAAGCUCAACGUCACACACCAACAUUCAGACAUUAGUCACAUCCUUAUAGUCUUUCAGUUGAGUGUGUUGCUGUGACUUCCCAGUGCAGUGAGAAAUAUAUAACAAACAGUAUUAUCAUAUGAAACAGCUUUGGAACUUUUCCUGUCAAAAACGUAUCUACUAAUAUUGAAAUAUCCUUUAAAAUUGUAUCGCAGGCAAUAAAAGCAAAUGAAAUAUCUGAACAAGUGCAUCAAGAUAAAUGUAGCUUACUACGCGCGAUUGUGUAGUUUGUGGUGAUUUGAGAGGAAACGUACUCCCGAAGAUUUUUACUUGCUCAAUUUUGAGUCCAACGUGGUGGAGCUGUCACUGACGGAUGCCUGGAGAGCAGAAGAGAAGGAUGUGUACAAAUAAUUAACAGUCGUUAUUGUGUUUUACAUAUUUAGUAAAUCCAGUUGUUGUACGCUUACCCUUUUUCUCAGAUGGUUUAGUAGUGCUUGACGGGACUGUUAAAAUGGGAUUAAAACAUAAUUAUUGACAAGA